CCGGCCCCCCCAGGGGGUCAAGCCCCUGCUACAGUGCUACCCCCCCCAGGGGGUCAAGUCCCCCACGAACACCAUGCGUCCCUCCUCCCCCUCCUCGGGGUCGUCCCCCUGCCGCAGAGCCAGGCUUGACCCACAGUGACCCUGCCCCUUUGUGGAGGCUCUUCCCCAAGGGGGCCAUGCCCCUGCCGCAGAGCCACCAGAGUGUUCUGGAGGUGGGGCCUCCCUAAAGCUGACCAGGAGGCCCCCCACCGCUGUGGACACCUCCUCCAUCCCUCCCCCCAUGGCCUCCAGGCCCCUGUCGGGACUUCUGGGGCGGGGGUUGGAACCAGGCUUUGUCCUAGAGCACCCGGAGGGGAAGGGUCUCCCAACUUAGCAUCGCUGGAAGGUCUAGCCCUCUCCUAGCUCCCCAUCCUGAUCUCUCGGCUUGGUUCCUUAUCCCUCGACCACUUGGCCUGGGUUUAAGGACCCUCUGCAUGGGGGUGAGGGGUCCCUGAAUUCUGCUGUUUGGUUGGGGGUAUACCAGGCUCUUUCUCUGAGGGCACUGGCCCAAGAGCUGGUGGGCAGGAACGGGCGCCCUGAUUUUGGCAAGGUGCUGUCCAAGGGAUGCAUUCCCCCUCUUUGGAGUGAGGACAUCUGGGACCGAGGGGACCUCCCCGUUCUGCUGGCUCCCCUUGUGGCAUAGUGUCUGACUCUGGGAGCAUGAAGAGCAGGUGUCUCUAGGGCAGGAAAGAUGGCAGAUAAGCGAAAACUCCAAGGUGAGAUUGAUCGCUGCCUCAAGAAGGUGUCCGAAGGAGUUGAGCAGUUUGAGGACAUUUGGCAGAAGCUUCACAAUGCCGCGAAUGCCAACCAGAAAGAGAAGUAUGAGGCUGACCUGAAGAAGGAGAUUAAGAAGCUACAGCGGCUGAGGGACCAGAUCAAGACAUGGGUAGCUUCCAACGAAAUCAAGGACAAGCGGCAGCUCAUCGACAACCGCAAGCUCAUCGAGACGCAAAUGGAGCGUUUCAAGGUCGUGGAACGGGAAACGAAGACCAAAGCUUACAGCAAAGAGGGGCUUGGCCUGGCCCAGAAGGUGGACCCGGCCCAGAAGGAGAAGGAGGAGGUUGGGCAGUGGCUCACGAACACCAUCGACACCCUCAAUAUGCAGGUGGACCAGUUUGAGAGUGAAGUGGAGUCGCUGUCUGUACAGACCCGGAAGAAGAAGGGGGAUAAGGACAAGCAGGAUCGGAUUGAGGGCUUGAAGCGACACAUCGAGAAGCACCGCUACCACGUGCGCAUGCUGGAGACCAUACUGCGCAUGCUGGACAACGACUCCAUCCUGGUGGACUCGAUCCGGAAGAUCAAGGACGAUGUGGAAUAUUACGUGGACUCCUCGCAGGACCCCGACUUUGAGGAGAAUGAGUUCCUCUACGAUGACCUUGAUCUUGAGGACAUUCCACAGGCGCUGGUCGCCACCUCACCCCCAAGCCACAGCCACAUGGAGGAUGAGAUCUUUAAUCAGUCCAGCAGCACACCCACCUCCACCACCUCCAGCUCCCCCAUCCCGCCCAGUCCAGCCAACUGCACUACGGAAAACUCUGAAGAUGACAAAAAGAGAGGACGGUCUACAGACAGUGAAGUGAGCCAGUCUCCAGCCAAGAAUGGCUCUAAGCCUGUCCACAGCAACCACCACCCACAGUCCCCUGCUGUGCCGUCCAGCUACCCGGCCGGCCCUGCCCCUGCGCCCCCUGCACUGGGCAAUGGGCCCGGCAGCAACGGGGCUCCCGUGGUGCCUCCCAAAGCCAACCCUGCCCCCGGCCACAAUGCCAGCACCCCCACCCCGUACGCCCAGGCUGUAGCCCCUCCUGCCCCGACCACCGGCUCCGCCCAGCCCAGGCCACCCAGCGUCCAGCCUGGUGGGAACAGCAGCAAGCAGAACGGGGCCACCAGCUAUAGCUCCGUGGUGGCUGAUAAUUCAUCAGAGCUGAGCCUGAGCAGCAGUGGGAGCAGCAGCAGCAGCAGCCAAGCCCUGGGUCCCCCCCCUGGCCCCCACAACCCACCCCCCACCGCCACGAAGGAGGCGGCCGGGGCGGCUCCAGCCGGGGCAGGGGGCGUGGGCGGGGGCUCGGGGAGCAGUGCCGGAGGACCCAGCCUCCUGGUGCCCCUGCCUGUGAACCCUCCCAGCUCCCCGACACCCAGCUUCAGUGAGCCCAAGGCAGCUGGGGCCCUGCUCAAUGGCCCCCCGCAGUUCAGCACAGCCCCGGAGAUCAAGGCUCCUGAACCCCUGAGUUCCCUGAAGUCCAUGGCAGAGCGGGCAGCCAUCAGCUCUGGCAUCGAGGAUCCUGUACCCGCCCUGCACCUGGCCGAGCGUGACAUGCUCCUGGGCAGCAGUUCGGCCCCUCCGGCCUCAGCCCAGCCGCCCCUGCAGCUGUCCGAGGUCAACAUCCCGCUGUCGCUGGGCGUCUGCCCCCUGGGGCCUGUGGCCCUCACCAAGGAACAGCUCUACCAGCAAGCUAUGGAGGAGGCUGCCUGGCACCACAUGCCCCACCCUUCAGACUCAGAACGCAUCCGGCAGUACCUGCCUCGGAACCCGUGCCCGACCCCGCUGUACCACCACCAGAUGCCACCGCCGCACUCGGACACGGUGGAAUUCUACCAGCGCCUUUCGACGGAGACCCUGUUCUUCAUCUUCUAUUAUUUAGAGGGCACAAAGGCUCAGUACCUGGCUGCCAAGGCCCUCAAGAAGCAGUCGUGGCGAUUUCACACCAAAUACAUGAUGUGGUUUCAGCGGCACGAGGAGCCCAAGACCAUCACCGAUGAGUUUGAGCAGGGCACCUACAUCUACUUUGACUAUGAGAAGUGGGGCCAGCGAAAGAAGGAAGGCUUCACCUUCGAGUACCGCUACUUGGAGGACCGGGACCUGCAGUGACCCCUGCCCUCUGACCCUCUCCCCCCCCCUGCCUGCCCCCAGCACCUGGGGCCAGGGGCAGCUCUCCAGGCCAGGGACUCUCCCCCCCCUCCCCAGCUGGGGAAGGACUUGUUUUUCGUAAACCUAUUUUCAUUUUUGAAGAUAUUUAUGAAUAAAUAGUUUUAUAUGA